CACGUGGAAGCAGUCAGGCUUGUGUCACAUGGUUUGGUUCGCCAGGCUCAUCCGAAAGCCUAGAAGUUUCAAAGAAUAGGGAGUCGGGUUUGCAUUGCAGAUUUGUUCAUAAACCCUUAAAAAGGAAAACCUUUUAGGGGUGAUCGAGGUCGAUUUGGUAUCUUUAUUCAUAUAAUGGAAAUUCCCGCGAUCAAUCUUAAGGCCAUAAUACUGGUCCACUGGCUACUGACGUUAUGGGGCUGUAUGAACGGGCUGCCAGACUCCUUCGCCUGGGGGAACUUCAGUGUGCUGGCCGUGGGCCUCUGGGCGGUGGGCCAGCGGGACUCUGUGGACGCGGUGCUGAUGCUGCUCAUCGGCCUCAGCCUGACCAUCCUGACGGACAUCGUCCACUUCGGGGUGUACUACCCGCUGAUGGAGUCCCUGACCAACAGCAGCGACGCCUUCCGCUUCAGCGCCAGCAUGGCCAUCCUCAGCCUGCUCCUGAAGCCCGUCUCCUGCUUCUUCGUGUACCAGAUGUACCGCGAGCGCGGCGGAGACUACAACCUCCACUUCGGUUUUCCCUCCGUGACGCGCGACCGAACCGCCUACGACUCCCUGGACCACCAGCCCCCGGCCGCUGACCCCGCCCCCCCCUUCAACCAGGCCUAGGACAGCCCCCCAGCACCCCCAGGGGGACCCCCCUGGCCCACUGGCUCUUAGUGUCCAUUAGCCGACAGUGGUGCAUUGUGGGUGUUUUCAUCCGAGUAUUUUUCUACUUCCCCCUCUGUGGGGGGGGGCGAGGUAACCCCCCAGGACCACACCCCGCCCAUGGCUGUUGUUUGUGAAUAGUUAGUAAAAUAAUGAAUACUGAAAUGGCUCAAUGCUGAAACUAGAGCAUGUCCGCGUUCCCCGGCUGUGGUACUGUGUUGUGGUGUUGUGUUGUUGUUGUUGUUGAUGUGGUCGUGAAGAGGCGGAAGUUUGGCUACAAUCGUUGCUAUUUUGGUUUGCUUCCCGUUGCUUUGAGUUUGGUACUUGGAGAAACUUUCUGUUCUGAUGUCCUGAGGAAACUCAGGAUCAGAGGCUGAUGUGGUUUGUGUCGAUGUUAAAGUUACCGUGUGUUACAUUGACAACUAGCGUUGUCAAUCCAACAAUAUUGGAGGAAGUUGCAAACGAGCCAAGCGCAAUAUUAUAUUUUGAGACGAGCUCAAGUAUUAUAUUUUGACAAUGACAAGCACUGACGAGCCCUACACUGUGAGUAAAUACGCAAAUGUAUACAUUUGCAAUUUAUUUAUUGUUUUUCAAAUUCUGAACCAGCUGAUGUUGCAUCUGUCUUGAAAUCCGUCUGGGCUCUAAGCUGUCUCCAUCUUUCAAAUGCAAC